CUUUGACAUUCGCUCACUCCUGGCUUGCACUCUCUCUCACUCUUUCCCUAAGGAAAGCCUGAUACUUAAGAGGGUUGAUUUAUCCUGAGGAAUUCAGUGCAUAAAGCCUUAACCACAGUCAUAGGAUCACUCAUGAUGUACAGCUUCAUGGGAGGGGGCCUUUUUUGUGCCAUUGUGGGGAACAUCCUGUUGGUGGUCUCCACAGCCACAGACUACUGGAUGCAGUACCGUCUGUCUGGGAGCUUUGCCCAUCAGGGCUUGUGGAGAUACUGCAUGUCUGGAAAGUGCUACAUGCAAACUGACAGCAUUGCAUACUGGAAUGCCACUCGUGCUUUUAUGAUCCUGUCUGCCAUGACAUGCUUUGCUGGCAUCAUCGCAGGAAUCCUCUCCUUUGCCCACUUUUCUGCCUUUGAGCGGUUUAACCGAUCAUUUGCUGCUGGAAUCAUGUUCUUUGUUUCAACUCUCUUUGUUCUGCUUGCAAUGGCCAUUUACACUGGGGUGACUGUGAACUUCCUGGGCAAGCGCUUUGGUGACUGGCGCUUCUCUUGGUCCUACAUACUGGGCUGGGUGGCCCUGCUAAUGACCUUCUUUGCAGGUAUAUUCUACAUGUGUGCCUACAGAAUGCAUGAGUGCAGAAGAGUGGCUGGCCCACGUUAAUGUAAAGAGGAAAAAGCGUGUCAGGGCUGCGGAAGACAUUAGUUUACAUUUAAAGAUUGGCACCUUGGUGGAAAAAAAUAAAAU